AUGGGGUUAUCAGGCAGUGAAAGUGACGAAGAAGAUGACUGUGAACGGCAGGCGGUAGGGGAUGCGGCAGCCGUGGUCUCACCCUUAUUGGCCGGUUCGGCUCCUUUCACUACCGACACGAAACAAGAUCUGGCUGUCGCUGGAAGAGCUAACGGCGCAGCCAUUACUGCUAGUAAGGAUUCACGUCUAUCGAAACUAUGCCACCCACAUCAUCGCAGAUACCUGGGACAACUACCGAUUCAUUUGAAUUCACUUUGGUUAACACAACUGUUCAAAUAG